AUGACGCCUGCGCGCGGCAGACCAGCGGCGCGCUUCUGGGCAGGCGAUGAGGAAAUGGCCAAUAAGAAAGACGACGACCUUCAUGUUCCCGGUCAUCGCUAUUCAAGAUCUGGUCCUCAAUGGCAAGCUACGCCCCGCGCCCCGCGUCGCAGCGCCAUCGGUCGCCUUAUUGCCUACCUAGUCUUCGUGUCAGCCCUAUUCUUCGUCGCAUACAAUCUAUUGUCAUCCUCCAACAGUUCGAGCGGUACCGAGUCAAAGCGAUCUGCGCAGUCGGGACGCAAGCAGGGACAAGAUAAGCACGAUUACAGAGGACCUCUCAAAUUCCCCGAGCUCGCCGACACCCUACGUAAUAUCCAGGGAACUGGUGGCAGCUAUGAAAGGAACAAGAACGUCCUAUUUGCGGCCUCUAGCAUUAACAGCGCCUCUGCGCUUCUCCCAAUGGCUUGCCAGAUGUCGGCGCAAGACAAGAACCAUGUUCAUUUUGCACUCAUGAGUAGGAAUGAGAUUCCUGUCAAGGAGCUCCUCGAGAUAAAUGGGAUUGAUGAGAGCUGCAAACUAUUCUUCCAUGAUGCCCGCACCGACUAUGCUUCCACGUCUUCUGAGUUAAGACUGAAACUCGCUGCUAUCCGUGCAUUUUACUAUAUCGACACCUUCAUGCAUCCUCAAGCGAUCAUUGUCGACUCUACACAUGCUGAAGAGACUUACUUUCUCCAAGCUGCACGGGAUCAGAUCCCUAGCACCAAGUCCGCACUCAUAGAGUUGCCGGAUAAACCUGAAACUCGUCUUGCAUGGAUCUCCAAGCUUGACUCUACCGCAUUGUCUGGUUGGAACAAGGUGCACUUCGACAUAUUAGUCCAAGCACCUGCUGUUGGUACAGCCAAUCUACAAAGACUUCUCACUUCAUUACGCAGAGCCGACAAGAGCGCUCUCUCAAUCCCCCAGCUUACAAUCGAAUUGCCACCAGUCAUCGAGAAGCCUCUGGAGAGCUUCCUAUCCAACUUUCAAUGGCCUUCGAAAGCUUCUGGUCAGCUGCCUCAGUCGCAGAUGCUCUCUCUCCGUCAUCGAAUUUCUACGCGGAAGAUGGAUGAGGAAGAAAGUUCAGUGCGAUUUCUGGAAUCGUUUUGGCCAAGCAAGCCUUCGCAUAACCAUGUGCUUGUAUUGGCAGCUCAUACUGAGGUUUCACCUCAGUUCUUUAACUACGUGAAAUAUAACCUUCUACAUAGCCUUUACUCACACUCAUCCGUUCUUCAAGACUGGAACGAGAAUAUCAUGGGCAUCAGUUUCCACUCCCCUAGCACGCUUCUCGACGAUACAACCCCUUUGACGGUUCCAGCAGCCGAUACUUUGGGAGAAAAAGAUGGGUCAAGUCCCUUCUUUUGGCAGGCCCCAACAAACGAUGCCAUUCUGUUCAUGGGAGACAAGUGGGUUGAACUACAUGGGUACGUGUCACACAUACUAGAAAAACAACAAGAAAGAACAGAAACACCAGCUUUUCUGGCCAAGAAAAACACGAGCAAGAAGCAUCCAGCAUGGUUGGAGUAUGUUCUGCAACUAUCACAGCUUCGAGGAUAUGUGACGCUUUAUCCGAGACCGGAAACAGCAGCCACGAUAUUGGGAGCGCACAGUGACCUACCUACGACACCAGAAGAGUAUCUGGGCGGAGGUGAUGAGAGCGACGAAAACGGAAAAGCAGAUAGUGCGACGUCAAAGUUUGACCCAGCUUCACCAAUUGACAUGCUGGCGACAUUGCCUCGCGAAGGUGAUCUGUUAUCGUUAGGCGAGCUGCCGCUCGUUUCAUGGAGUGGCAAGCCCACGUCGCUUCAGGAACUAGAGGCGAGCUCAUUUGAACUUACAAAACAGUUCCGUCAAGAGGUUGGCCAAUGCCCUCCGAGUGUCAUAAACGACGAGGAUGAGUUUGGACGACCGCGGCGCAACAAAGACGCCAGCGAUCUCUUUUGUAGGGGUAAGAACAAGGCUGACCCUGAAGUCAAGGGGACAAAGGAAACAACAUAA